GUUUUAAACCAUAUAAAUAGUUGAUGGGCAAUUCGAAAGCAUAGCAAAAUGCUGAAAAGUUGCUUGCUAGUUGCCUGCAUUCAGCUUAUGCAACUCGCUCGUGCGGCUUGCACGAGCUGCAUGGUAGACGUGUACGAGAACCUCUACAAGACUGCCUUCGAAAAAUCCCUGGAUUACGAAUUCCCCGUUGAUUCGAGAAGUCACCAGGCGAUUUCGAACACUGCCGAACCCACCGAUUUCGGAGACUAUGAUUUCGUCGUGAUAGGUGGUGGAUCGACUGGAGCAGUCCUGGCUAGCCGUUUGUCGGAGAUUCCAGACUGGAAAGUUCUGGUCAUCGAAGCGGGAGAUUGGCCCGAUGAAUUGGUAUCGAUAACCAGCGCUUCUUACAAAAUCACCAUCAUGAGCGACUACAAUUGGGGCUACUACAGCGUGCCGCAGAAUAACACUUGUUUAGGCUUCGAAGGGAACCGGUGCCCCCUGCCCAGGGGCAAAGGUCUCGGCGGCACGUCGCUCUUGAACGCAUUGAUCUACGUGAGGGGCAACCGGCACGAUUUCAAAAAAUGGUGCGACAUGGGAAACCCCGGCUGGUGUUACGAAGACGUUCUGCCGUAUUUUUUGAAAUCGGAGAACUUUCAUCUCACCAACAAAGACGCGCCGGUCGAUGCAAAAUACCACAACACCUCUGGACCGCUGUGGAUCGAGCAACCGGUGCCAUUACACGAACACCAUAAAGUUUUCCUUAAGGCCAACGAGGAAAUGGGAUACAAAAUCAGGGACGUCAACGGCGAGGAGCAAAUAGGAGCGAUGCCCUUUCAAAUAAACACGAAAAAGGGCCGCAGGCAGGACAGCGGAACGGCAUUUUUGAAACCGGUUCUGGAUCGAACCAAUUUGAACGUGAUGCAUAACAGUUUAGCGACGAAAAUCGUCUUUGACGGCCAGACCGCUGUCGAGGUGCAUUUUUUGAACAAGGGCAUCAAGUACAAAGUGGGCGUUAAAAAGGAAGUUAUCCUGUCGGCAGGAGCGAUCAAUUCUCCUCAAUUACUUAUGUUGUCUGGCGUAGGGCCUGCUGAGCAUCUUCAAGAACUCGGCAUCAAAGUAGUCGCCGAUCUACCAGCAGUAGGCCAAUCGUACUCAGACCACUUGCAAGUGCACGGUCUAGUUUUCACUAGUAACCUUUCGGAACCCAUCCCGCCCUUGCGAAAAUCGAUCAAGGAAUUCCUGGAACAAGGCACGGGAGAUUGGGCGGAAGCCGCCCCGACGCAGGCCGUCGGAUACUACAGAACCAGGCUGGAGAAGACUCCCGGAUACUCGGAUCUGGAGCUCAGCUUCCAGGACACCAACGCGACCACCGACGCGAUGUCGAACUGCUACAGAUGGAAGAGCAACGUCUCCUCCAGUAUAUCCAUAGUGAACGCCAGCAGCUCUUUCCAGAUAUUCGCCACGCCCUUGCACACCAACUCCUUGGGGCAGGUGACGCUGAAGAGCGCCGAUCCUUUGGACUUUCCCUUGGUGGAUCCCAACAUACUCUCCGACGAAGAGGGCCAGGACUUCGAGAUCGUCUACGAGGCUAUUCAAUUCGUGUUGAACCUCACCCAGCAGGAGGCUUUCAGGAAAAUCGACGCCAAGUUCUCGCAUCAACCUCUGCUGGAAUGCUCCGACGAGGAGUUCAUGACCAAGGACUAUUGGAGGUGCGCUGCUAAGUAUAUUGUUAAUCACAACAACCACCCGGUGAGCACCUGCAAGAUGGGGCCCGAUUCGAAGGGGAAUGUCGUGGAUCAUACGUUGAAGGUUUAUGGUAUUGCUAACUUGAGGGUGGCUGAUGCUAGCGUUAUUCCUCUUUCGACGUCUUCUCAUAUAAAUUCUAUUUGCUAUAUGAUAGGGGAGAAAGGGGCUGAUAUGAUUAAAGCGGAUUGGCUGAACAGUAUUUGAGCUGUGAUUUUGCACCGGUUAAUAAAUGAUGUAAAGUAA